AGAGCACUUUAAAGUGACAGGAUCACUUAAGCAAAUUGGUACCGUAGUACCCACAUCAGUGACUGGCACGUCACAAAGCAUUACGUUUGCAAUGACAUUCACUAAGAGUGGCGGUGCAGCUAUUGCAGGUCAUGCUAAUCUUGGCGAGACACUAAUUAUGACAAUACAGCCAAGCAGUACAAGUCAGCUGACGGGUUGGAGAUUGGUACCAUACACAUGCAAAGCAUUUGGAAAAGAGCACUCGACCACUCCGUUCCUAGAUCUGUUCAAGGCUGGACAGAAUUGUCCAGAAACAGAAGUACAGGAUUUAAUCAGUCCGUUUAAGUGGAAGCCGUCGUCUAACAAACUAAGCCUGGUAUCAAAAGUAAAGGUGUUCGAGUUCAAAGGUGCCACGGAUAUUCUGAACACGCUUGUGAUUGAGUGCGAAAUCAUCCUCUGCUCCCAAAAUGAUAUCCAACAUGGGUGCCAGGCUAAAGAUUAUUACAAAAAUACACCUUCAUGUCCGAGUGCUCUACCUAACAACAGACGUCGACGUGAAGCUGGUUUAGUGAAAGAUGACCGCAGACCAACACACACCGUGAGAGGUGUUCUUAGAGUUCACAGCAACAUCAACGGCAACGAGCAGACAGCCGGGACAGCUACCAAAGGGAUAUCACUCACCCUGGUGUGUCUUCUACAGCUCGGUGUGAUGUUGUUUGUGCGAAAAGCUUGACGCUGACCUUGAAAUGGUCGUUACAGACAGGAUCCCUUCAAUAUGGCCGAACAUUUGUUCCAAAUAACAACAAUAAAGAAACAUUUUGCACUAAAACAUUUUUUACAGAACACAUUGAUUAACGCUUGUUUCAGAAAUAAAGUUGUUUCGUUA